AUUACGGAUAAAUGGCAUUUGUUCGACUGACUUGUAUUAAUUGGCAUUCCUGCCAAACGGCGUUCUCAUGAUCAAGUUUGUCCUCUCUUAAAGAAAUAAUCAACCUWCUAAACAUGGCGUUGAUGGAAGGAACAUUGUGGAAAUGGACAAACUAUUUAAGCGGAUGGCAGCCAAGGUAUUUUGUCCUGGAAGUUGGUGUCCUUGCAUAUUAUAAGUCACAAGAGGAAGUAGGUCGUGGYAGUAGGGGUUCAAUCAAAAUGGGCUGCUGUGAAAUAACAGUGCACCCAACUGACAAUGUCAGAAUUGAUCUUAAAAUCCCUCCUGAUCAAUAUAUAUACCUAAGAGCUGCAACAUCUGCUGAGAGACAGCAGUGGUUAGUUGCUCUUGGGACAUCUAAGGCCUGUAUAGCACAGCUACAGACAARUAAACAAGAAAUUGACUCAGGGUCAUCCAAAAUGUCUCARCUAAAAGAAAGAAUGCAGGAGCUGAGUAUGUAUAGAAGUUUAUUACUGCAACAAGUAAACACAAUCAAAUUGAUGUGUGCUGAAAAACAAAAGAGUCAGGAAUUUAAUGAAACUGCAACAAUGAUUUCAGCUACAUGUGAUGAGUUUCUUAAAAGUUURUGUGAUUGUAUGGAUUUAGCAGACUCAAACCUUGGUGCAACAUCAGAACAUAGUUCAGUGUCUUCAAAACAUGCUGCAUUUAGAAAACAAUUAUUGCAGGAAUCACACAGACCUAAUUCACCUCCUACUUCUCCAAUGUCAAGUUUUUCAAGUUCAUCUGGUUCAACAAUAAGUGGAACAGCUAGUUCAUCUACAAGUAGCACUUCAGAUGCCAGCAAAAGAGAACCUCUCUCAGCAGAAGCCAGCACUACAACAGCAGUUCAACCAAAUAACUUAUCAAGAACACUAUCAAACAGCAAUUCUGAAUCYAUAGGAUCUAAUAGUUCAUUCCAAAGACAAGUGACAGCAGAACCKCCUUCCCAGUAUAAAGGUCCUAAGACAUUCUUUUCUAUGGCAACUCAUAAGUUUGAAGAUGUUUGUGUCACAGAAAAUGGUGGGAUUCCUACAAAGUCAUUUUUAUCUUCAUGYUCAAGUAUUUUACCCUUUUUUGAUGUAUUAGGCUCUACAGCAUUUGCUCCUGUUAAAAUAGAUAUUGGUGGGAAUAUAAAGAAACUAACGACUAAAUAUGAUACCGAACCAAAGGCAUUUUACACUCUACAAAAUAUGAUUUACCAAGAAAUAAAAAGUAAUAGUUGUACGGCAAAAAACUCGGCCACAGAUGCAUUGCUGUGGUUAAAAAGAGCUCUCGAAUUUAUGAUGAUUUUUCUGGAUGAAGUUGUUAAAGGUAGCAAAGAUUUAGCGAUUGCUGCUGGUGUCGCAUAUGAAAAGUCUUUACGAAAAUACCAUGGCUGGGUUGUCCGAGGUGUUUUUGCACUAGCUGUCAAAGCUGUACCAUACCGAGAAGACUUUCUUAUGGCCCUUGGUACCGUCGAACAAACAUGCGCCUCACCGCAAGACGUKCUUGCUCACAUGAAAACAACAGUUGAUUCACUGAGAAAUUUAAUUCAGAUAUUAAACAAAUUUUAUAAAGAGCAUAGUUUAGAUGCUGACUAUACUGUUUAGACAAGAGUCUUUUACUAGUCAGAGAUUUAAGCAAACGAUGAUGGUUAUACAUAUUUUAGAGAGAAAAUAAUUGUAAAAUAGAAAUAUAAAUAAAGAGGAUGUAUUUUGUA